CGCUUCUUCACUUCUAAUGUUGGAAUGUUGGGUUCAAUUUGUACUUCCCUGGAAACAUAGUUGAUAGUUGUAGACCUGAGUCUUAGGCUGCAAUGAACCAGCAAAGAUCAUCUUCAAUGUCGUCCUUACAUUUUGAUGCAGAUCAUUUGACAAGUGAUCCCUAUCAAAAUGAAAGAAUAGCUUUGAAAAGGUGGAACGCCGACUAUGACGCCAUUACUAGGAGCUGGUGCGAUCAGAAACCUAGGUCUGAACUUUUUUUUCCUGUGCUGUGUUUGUUUCUCUGAAACGAAAAAGAAGAAGAGGAAACAAGAAAAUUCUCUUCUUUGUUGGAGUUAAGUGUAUGCAAGACUAAAUUGCUCUUGAGAGUUGAGACCAUAGAAUCUGUAUUAGCUCUCUCUUUUAAAAUGGAACUCAAGGUGCCCAGAUUCUUCAAGGUGUUGCUUCCUGGAUUUCAUGCCAGACUGAGGCUUCCACCGAUAAUAUCAAGGAAACUGGGGGAAAAGGAAGCAAGAAAAGUUAAGUUGAUAACAAAAGAAGGAAUCUUUGUGGUCACAAUCCAGAAAUUACAAGAUGGGAGGCUGUGGUUCACCAACGGGUGGCAUGCUUUUGUCCUCAAACAUGGCCUUGUAGCUGGACAAUUUAUCACUUUUAAACACAUGGGUAGCUCUAUUUUCAAAGUCAAGGUGUUAAGAUUCUUCAAGGUGUUGCUUCCUGGAUUUGACUGUCUGAGGCUUCCACCUAAAAUGUCAUGGAAGCUGGGCGAAAAGGGAGCAAAAAAAGCUGUGCUAAUAACUAAAAAGGGAACCUCUGCGGUCACUAUCCAGGAAUCGCAAGAUGGGGGGCUGUGGUUCACCAAUGGGUGGCAUGCUUUUGUCCUCAAACAUGGCCUUGCAGCUGGAGAUUUUAUCACUUUUAAAUGCAUGGGUAGCUCUAAUUUCAAAGUCACAGUUUAUACUCUGACCUGCUGUGAGAAGGAUUUCAUUGAUGAAAUUGAGACUGAAGAUAAGGCUGAUACGGGGGUGAAUAAUGCCACACCAUCGGUGAAGUCUGAGGCUGAAGAAGUGCCUCCUCAUACUCAACAUCAUUUUCAUAUGAGUGAUGGUUCAGAUGCCAGGAAGUUCAAUUUCUAUGGGAGGGAGGAAGAUGAUCAGAAUAUAUAUUCUGCCAAACUCAACCCAAUCAAUAAAAAACACUUCGAGGAAUCUGCUAUGAAGGUGGAAAGGGAUGAAGACAUUAUCACUUAUCAACUCAAUGAUAAUUUCCCUGCCCAAGAUGGAGAGAAAGGGCUAUCUCCCAGUACUACUCGAUCUUGCGAUUCAGUUAAUAGGCAACUGAUCCCCUUUCAAGUUUAUGAUGGGAAACAAAUCUCCCUCAUAAAACCUCAGAAUAAUGAUAUAAAAAGUUGUUCUGCAAAGUUAAAAAUGGAGGGCGAUGUGAAAAAAGUGGACGUUAAAAGUAAAAAAGUACCUAAGGUGAACACAUCUUCUCCUGAACAAAAUCUGCAGUUUUCAUUAAUAAUGAAGUCAUACCAUCUCCGUCAUCGAUCUCCUUAUAUGCAUGUCCCUGCAGGAUUUUGUGUGGCAAAUGAUCGAUAUCAAAAUGCAAGACUAACUCUGAGAGGGCCAAUGGUUGAGCAAGAAGUCAGCCUUCGGGUUUGCAGGGGAGGGAGCACCAAAUAUGCAGUCAUCACCAGGGGUUGGCUGGAGUUCAUUGCAGGAAACAAACUCGGAGUGGGAGACACCUGCCUCUUCAAACUUCAGUGUGCUGGAACUAGUUCAGCUGGUGUUGUGUUGGAUGUUGAGGUUGUCCCAGCAUAAUUACAGGGUUAGAUGGAAAUUUACCCAAUUUAUAUACACGGACUGACUAAUGUAGUAAUGUGGUUAACUUAAUAUUGUCGGUCUUUUGAGACACUGAUAUAGGAAAUUAUUUGUGUGUUAGUGAAUGUUAACUGUUUUAGAUCGGUUUUACAUGCAAUAUGAUGUUCCAAUUUGAAGUCAAG